ACAUGGUCUGAGCCUGUUUACAGCUAUAGUAUUUAUUUCGGGCGAACUAGCAGGAAGUGGUAUACUAGCCUAUCCUAAAGGCAUGGCCAGCACCGGUUGGUACGGUAUGGCUGUACUAUUGGUCAAUGGUAUGAUUGCCUGUCUAUCAGGUGUAUGUUUGGCUAAAUGUUGGCUAAUCCUAGAGGAACGGUAUCCACAGUUGAGACGUCCUCAGCGUAAUCCGUUUGCAUUGAUAGGCUUGAAAGCUAAUGGUAAAUGGAUGAGUUAUCUAUGUUCAGCCGUAAUGGAUCUGACAUUUUUCGGUGCACCAGUAGUUUUCCUAUUGAUAUGUUCGGAUCAAAUCCAUGAACUUAGCCAACCAUCCCGUCUACUCAAGCAUUUGACUGUUUGCGAUUGGAUAGUCAUAUUAGGCCUACUAUUGUUACCGUUUACACUAUGGGGUUCGCCCGCCGAUUGUUGGCCAGUAGCUUGGCUGGCACUGGCCACUACUGUUGGUGGACUUGUGUUUUUGUUGUUUGCUAUCGGUAUGGAUGCUAACCUAACCGUCACAAACACUACUACCAACAUUACUACUAACGGAUCCAUAGGUGUGGAUGGCAUACCCUAUACCACUACUACUACUACUACUACACAUCCCGGUCCUCAGGAUUGGCGUAGUUUUUUCCUAGGGUUCGGUAUAAUAACGUUUGGUUUUGGCGGUGCAGCCGCUUUUCCGACCAUUCAAACCGAUAUGACUGAUAGGCUACAGUUUCCCAAAGCUAUUUGUAUUGCUUUUUGCGUUGUCAUGUUUUUGUUUUACCUACCUGUCUCAAUUGCCGGCUACUAUGUCUACGGACAGUUGGUUACGGAUAAUAUAUUGCAAUCGCUGUCCAAGGGUUGGCCUAAACAGACAGCUUCGGUAUUAUUUACCGUACAUUUGCUGAUGGCAGCGGUUAUGCUACUGAAUCCAGUGGCCCAGGAGUUUGAACAUUGGCUAAAUAUACCCCAAAAUUUUACAUACAAACGGUUGAUUACCCGAUCGGUACUAAUGCUAAGUGUAGUAUUUACUGGGCUAUCGGUGCCCAAGUUUGGCAAAAUUAUGGACCUGUUAGGUGGAUCCACCAUAAUGUUGAUGGCCAUGAUAUUACCCACAUGUUUCUACCUGAGCUUAGUUAGCCAGCAACAUGAUUGGCCCGAUUGUCCUAAAAGACAAAUUAAUAUCAAACUUAAACUGUUUAUGUUGUUAACCAUUUGCAUGGGACUGGUAGCUGGUUGUGCCAGUACCUAUUUUGCUAUUGUUGAACUAGUUGAUCCCGAUUCAUUUAUCUACCCGUGCUAUCUACAAUGUAAUGCAUGGAUAUUAUAAAACUAUUAAAAA